ACAGUUGUCGAAUAGACUAUGAAAUUUGUAUUAACUAUUCAAUCACUUUCCAGUUUUUGCAAUUUGCAUUCUUGUCAAUAAAAAUUAACAUAACUUACAAGUCUUGUCGAAUAAAUUGUUAUUGAUUUACUAUAUCCUAGAAACAUGGAUGAUUUUGGUGACCACUUCGUGCAACCAGAUGUAGACCCAGCAGCAGAGUUUUUAGCUAGAGAACAAAACCAAUUAGCUGGUCUUGAAGAUGACUUAGAAACUGCUACGCCCCCCAUUGCUUUGUCCACAGCUUCCAAUGGUUUCGAAGACUUUGUCGAAGUUCCAAGUGCAGCAGCAUUUGAAGCAAAUGGUCUCUUGGAUGAUGAACCUACAACCACUCCGGCUCCUGCACCAUCAGUGUUCAGACAAGAAAGAGAGGAACCAGAGAAAAUCAAACUGUGGAGAGAAGAGCAGAAGAAAAGACUAGAAGAGAAAGAUGCAGAGGAAGAAAGGAAGAAACAAGAGAUGCUUAAAAUUGCAAAGAAAGAAUUAGAAGACUGGUACAAAACUCAUGAGGAACAAAUAGCGAAAACUAAAGCAGCCAACAGGGAGUCUGCUAAAAAUGCCGAAAAGGCUCUCGCCCGUGGUUCUGAGAGCACUGUAGAAGACGGUAGCGAGUGGACGCGAGUCGCGGAACUGUGCGACUUCGGUCCCAGACGCGGCCGCGAUGUCGCGCGACUCAGGUCUAUUGUUCUGCAGCUAAAACAGUCUGGUGUCCGCCCCAACUACCCACCACGACCUAAAGUGGCCUGAACUCAGAAGUAAUAUGAAGAAUUAAUGUUCUUAAACCAUACAAUUGAAAUCACAUUUAUUUAAAUAAAUUGUUCAUUUAUAUAAUAGUAAAAUAUUUAUAUAUAGAAGUGAUUAUAGUAUUUAAUGUUAAAUUUAUUGCCUAACAGAAUGUUAUUGGUUCAUAAUAUGAUAAAGAAACUUAUUGUUAACAUUGCAAUGUUACAUGAAAACUUUUUUAUUCUAACAAUUAGUAUUAAAUCAUUCCAACAUA